AUGAAGGAGCGCGACGAGAAGGUUAAAUUGAUGCAAUAUGUUUUUUAUCGCGCCGUCAACGUUCAAGCCUGGCUUGGGCAUUCUUCACAAACGAUCGAACCGUUAAUUGAUACCAUCAACGAUGACACUGCGCUUCAAUCACUCUUCAUCAAAACAAAAUCCGACCCUCACCUAGAUAUCUGUGUGCAUGAAUAA